ACCUUCCAUAGAAAACGCUGUUCAUCUCUCUCUCUCCUCUUUUAAUGUUUCUCUCCAUAAAUUUCUGUCUAUCCGUUCAUUUCUAUACAUACACACAAAAAUAUAUCUAAACAUUGUUCAUCACAUCAAGCCCUAGUUACUGAGUUGUCUGUUAUUGCUGCUAUACAUAUAUACACACAAACACACGUAUAUAUAUAUAGAGAGAGAGGGGGGUGAGGAGUGGAGGAGAGAGAGAGGGAGAGAGUGAGGUGGUGGUGCAAAGAGGAUUGCUGUAUGUCAGUAGAUUGGACACACUAUUGCUACGGUGGAUUUGGUGAGAUUGCGAACCCGUUGCAAUGGCCACAACUGCGGAAAAGGCGACGACUUCUUGUUGCAUUUCAGGCGAUUCUGCUACGGUUCGUCGUGAAGCCUCUCCGGCCGGGUCGGCGGCAGGGGUGGAGGAUUGGACCGGUUUAUCCAUUGAUCGUCGAGACGAUCAGCAAAGCAAGAAAGCUGCCAUGGCGUCCUUGAUUCGCCCUGAACCUUCUACCAAUGCUACCUCUAAAGGGAUCCAAAUCGUUCUGAGGGCGCAAACCAGUCAUCCUUUGGACCCUUUAUCUGCUGCUGAAAUCUCCGUGGCUGUGGCUACAGUGAGAGCAGCUGGUGCCACCCCUGAGGUCAGAGAUGGCAUGCGAUUCAUUGAAGUGGUUCUCUUAGAACCAGAUAAACAUGUGGUUGCUUUGGCAGAUGCAUAUUUCUUCCCCCCUUUCCAACCAUCAUUGUUGCCCAGAACCAAAGGGGUAUCUAUAAUUCCUAGUAAGCUACCUCCAAGGCGAGCUAGACUCGUUGUUUACAAUAAAAAAUCAAAUGAGACUAGCAUGUGGAUUGUUGAGCUGACUGAAGUACAUGCGGCAACUCGAGGUGGACAUCACAGAGGAAAAGUUGUUUCAUCACAAGUUGUUCCUGAGGUUCAGCCUCCCAUGAAUGCUGUGGAAUAUGCUGAAUGUGAAGCUGUUGUUAAAGACUAUCUGCCGUUUAGGGAGGCAAUGAAGAAGAGGGGUAUUGAGGAUAUGGAUCUUGUGAUGGUUGAUCCUUGGUGUGUUGGUUAUCACGGUGAUGCUGAUGCUCCUAGCCGUAGACUUGCCAAACCACUUAUAUUCUGCAGAACAGAGAGUGACUGCCCGAUGGAAAAUGGUUAUGCACGCCCAGUCGAAGGCAUUUUUGUGCUUGUUGAUAUGCAAAAUAUGGUGGUUAUUGAAUUUGAAGACCGUAAACUUGUUCCCUUACCUCCAGCCGAUCCAUUGAGGAACUACUCUCCUGGUGAAACCAGAGGUGGGGCUGAUCGAAGUGAUGUGAAGCCCCUAAAAAUUGUUCAGCCUGAAGGUCCUAGCUUUCGCGUUAAUGGGCACUAUGUGGAGUGGCAGAAGUGGAACUUUCGUGUUGGUUUCACUCCUAGGGAGGGUUUGGUUAUACACUCUGUUGCAUAUGUUGAUGGUAGUCGAGGACGAAGACCAAUAGCCCAUAGGUUAUGUUUUGUCGAGAUGGUUGUGCCCUAUGGAGAUCCAAAUGAUCCACAUUAUAGGAAGAAUGCAUUCGAUGCAGGAGAGGAUGGCCUUGGGAUAAAUGCUCAUUCUCUUAAGAAGGAUGGAAAAAUUGAAGCUGAAGUUAAACUUACUGGGAUUCUCAGCUUAGGAGCACUGCAACCUGGAGAAUUUCGAAAAUAUGGUACAACAAUAGCACCAGGAUUGUAUGCACCAGUUCAUCAACACUUUUUUGUUGCUCGUAUGGAUAUGGCUGUUGAUUGUAAGCCCGGAGAAGCAUAUAAUCAGGUUGUUGAGGUGAAUUCUAAAGUUGAAGAACCUGGGAAGAACAAUAUUCAUAGCAAUGCAUUUUACGCACAAGAAACACUGCUUAGAUCUGAAUUGCAAGCAAUGCGUGACUGUGAUCCUUUGUCUGCUCGCCACUGGAUUGUUAGGAACACAAGAACUGUCAAUAGGACUGGACAGCUGACAGGCUACAAGUUGGUACCUGGUGCAAACUGUUUGCCACUGGCUGGUUCUGAGGCUAAGUUUUUGAGAAGAGCUGCUUUCUUGAAGCAUAAUCUCUGGGUUACGCCAUAUGCACGUGCUGAGAGUUUCCCUGGAGGAGAGUUUCCUAAUCAGAAUCCACGUGUUGGUGAGGGAUUGGCUUCUUGGGUCAAACAAAACCGGUCUCUGGAAGAAACUGAUAUUGUUCUUUGGUAUGUAUUUGGAAUCACACAUGUUCCUCGGUUGGAAGACUGGCCUGUCAUGCCAGUUGAGCGCAUUGGUUUUAUGCUUCAGCCCCAUGGGUUCUUUAACUGCUCUCCUGCAGUAGAUGUCCCUCCGAAUGCAUGCGACUCAGAUGCUAAAGACAAUGAUGCCAAGGACAAUGGUGUAGCAAAGCCAAUACCAAAUAGGUUGAUAGCCAAGCUUUGAAAGGCUAUUACUUCCUGAUGAAUUGGCCUCUUAUGGUCAACACACAAAGGGCAGCAAAUCUCUGGAUGAUUACAAUCUGAGUUCACUACAUCUUUCUGCUCCUCAUGUGGAUUUGUGGUCCAGUCCCUGUGGAGACCUCCAGAGAUGAUUUCUUUAGCG